CCUCCCUCCUCUCAGAUGUCUUCAUCAGCCGUCUGCAAACAUCAGCUUCGACUCUGUUCCUUCAGAGCUUCUCCUGAGAGGAAGACAACUGAGGUGAACUUCUGCUUCGGCGACGGUGCAGCAGGAUGGAGGAUUCGAGGCACAAGCAAAAGAGGCCUUCGGUGCUGCGCCAGGUCUCCCAGGCGGCCUUCAAGCUCCGUCACGGUACAAACACAUCCACAUCCCCUGCUUCCAGAGACCAGUGCUGCCCCCCCGGUCUGUAAAGAGGAGCUGGACUCAGGUCUCCUCCCUCAGUCCUCCUUGCCCAACAGGGGCCCCAGACCAGGACCCGGUCCCCCCAGAACAGGACCCGGUCCCCCCAGAGGAGACGACCGGCAGCAGGCUUCAGGGGAGGCCCGGCUCCACGACGGGCAUCUCCAGCCGGAGCCCAGACCUGAGGACAGGAGUCUCACCCAGUGGAGGGUCCAGCAGGACAUCGUUCAGUACAUGGAGCGUCAGCUCGCUCUGGAAAAGCAGAAACUCAUCGUAAUGCAGCUUCACCUCUCCGAACACAAAUACCCGGAACUGAAGACGGCUUCUGAUUGGCCGUACCCCCUUCCUCUGCUGCUGCCACCGGCUGAGCUCCUGGAGGACGACCGGGUCGAACCGUGGAGCCUGAAGCACCUGGAGCAGCUCUCCCAGCACCACUAUGCAGCCGCUGGCUCCGCCCACCUGCUGCCAGAUUUGGUCCCCAGUAUCGAAUGCUACAAAUACAACAACAUCCGGCCUCCGUACACCUACGCCUACCUCAUCAGAUGGUCCAUCCUGGAGUCUCCAGAUAAACAACGGACCCUGAAUGAGAUCUACACCUGGUUCACCACCAUGUUCUUCUACUUCAGACACAACACGGCCACCUGGAAGAAUGCAGUGCGUCACAACCUGAGCCUCCAUAAGUGUUUCAUCCGGGUGGAAGGAGGGAAGGGGGCUGUUUGGACGGUAGAUGAACGGGAGUACCAGAGGAGGCGGGGCCAGAAGUACCACAGGGACUGUCCGGUCAAGUGGGUCACAUCCUUCUCCCAGUACGGCCCUGAGGAUCUGGAGAGAACCAGCAGGGGGCAGCACUGAGAGAACCAGCAGGGGGCAGCACUGAGAGAACCAGCAGGGGGCAGCACUGAGAGAACCAGCAGGGGGCAGCACUGAGAGAACCAGCAGGGGGCAGCACUGAGAGAACCAGCAGGGGGCAGCACCGAGAGAACCAGCACAUCCCGGAGCUCCUGAUGUUCCAUAUCUCAUGUUUUUGUGUUUUUCUUUUGUUCAUUUAUGUUUGCAAAAUUGAAAAUGAAACUGAAAUGUUGAUGUUUUUUCAUGUUAAAGUGACCAAGCUUAUAGAAGAAGCCUCUCAUUCUGUCUUCAUUUCUAAAGUCACUUACCGUUUUGGCCCGAAUAUAAGACGGUGUUUUUUGCAUUGAAAUAAGAUUGAAAAAGUGGGGGUCGUCUUCCAUUCGGGGUCUAGACAUUAUACCCCUUCACAACGCUAGAUGGUGCCAGAUAUCUUUAAAUGCUGAACUUAACUCCCCAGGCCAAAGCCAACCCGUCACCAAGAAGAAAAAUAGAAAUAGCGGCAAGAAAGAAAAGAGAAGAAAAUAAGAGAAGAGAUAAAAGAAAAUAGAGAAACGU